AUGUCGACCACGCAGAAACUCCGUAUCGCAAUUGCAGGAGGCGGGAUCGGCGGUCUCGUUUUCGCGGUCGUCCUGAGCAAGCUGAACCUGGACGAGCACAUCGAAAUCGACGUGUACGAGUCUGCUGCGGAGCUGACGCAGCUUGGAGCGGGAAUUGCGCUUUGGCCACGCGGAUGGGAGAUCCUCAAGACGCUGGGUCUGGAGAAAGACCUGGUCAACAAGUUGCCUCCUGGGACGUGGCCGCACAAGGAGGGCGAGAUAGCGUUUGCGUUUAGGAAGAGUGACAUGAAAGAGGGUGUGCCGAUCCUUGAUAUGAAGCCUGAAGGCGGAAACUUUUUGUACCACCGCGCAGACGUACAACAGGUGCUCUUGAAGCGCAUUUCUUCCACCACACGUUUCCAUCUUUCCAGCCGACUCGUGUCGUACAAACGGCUCAAUUCGCAUGUUGAGCUCGCGUUCAAGGACGGGAAAACCGCGACGUGCGACCUCCUCGUGGGCGCCGAUGGAAUUAAUUCUGCCGUGCGGAAGACGCUGCUGACGGAGGGUCUGCCAGAAGGUCUGAAGGAAGAUGAGAAGAGGAAGAUCUAUGAGGCACCUUGGACUGGCGAGACCGUGUAUCGCUGCUUGAUCGAUAGCGAGGUGAUAAGGAAGAUCGCGCCUGAUCACCCUGGGUUGAAAGGGAGGGUGAUGGUGAGUGGAAUAACCAAGUUGAUGUUGUGCGCGUGA